AUGACUCCACUGAAGUUAGUAAACAUUUUAAUCGACAAUAUUAUAAACAAUUAGAAGAUGGGGAUAAAAUGUGUUUACUCAUAGUCGGAAUAUUAUUUUUCCUGUAAUUUUAGUGUUCUUGAUCUUUCCAGGACUACUUCUAUUAGUUGNGAUAUUUAAAAUAGUUUCUCCAUUUUUUAAAUAAUAUAAUUAAUGAUUAAUAAAUAAAGUAAGGGGUAUCAUUUGUCUUUAAGUAAAAGUGAUGAUCUAUUGUUUGUGCAUGAUGUGGAUUAAGAAAAACAAUAAAAUUUUCGUGAAUCUCAAUUAAGAAAAAACAGUUUACACAAUUUUGUUUUAUAGAUACCAAAAAGAAUAACAUCAUGGAAGGAACUCGCAUAAUUCUAUUACAUUUAAAAAAAGUAAAAUUGGUGUAUGUAUUUUUUCUUUAAAUUGCAGUCAUACUAAGAAAAAAAUUCUAACUCAAAUUUUAUAAUAUAGGUAUAAUGCUUAUAUGACAGAAUACAUAAUCUAAAAAUAAAAAAUUUCAUUGGAAUAAAAUAUAUUAAUUUGUAUUGGGUUUAGUAAUUGAAAAAAUUCAUUAGUUUGAGGAUUAGUAUAAAUCCUGUUCUUGCUUAAAGAUUCAGAAAAGUAAUUUAUAAUAGGUUGUUCCUUUAUAAAUUGAUGAAAAAUAAUAAAUUGAAUAGUUAUGAAGUGGAAGAAACAAGAUACAGAAUAAAUAAAUUAAUCGAAUAUAAAUGA